AUGCAUCUGUCCGCCUGUAGUGCUGUCAGCUCGGCCGCUGCCCUGCGCAUCAGCAAGAUCGCGUCUCCUGCCAGCGGCAUCGCUCGCCAGUACAGCUCCAAGAGCUACCCCGACCACCAGCUGGUCGGCAUGCCCGCGCUGUCCCCGACCAUGACACAGGGUAACGUUGGCCAGUGGCAGAAGGCCGUCGGCGACCGUGUCGAGCCUGGAGAUGUGCUUGUUGAGAUCGAGACCGACAAGGCCCAGAUGGACUUUGAGUUCCAGGAGGAGGGCUACCUGGCCAAGAUCCUGGCCGAGACCGGCACCAAGGACCUGGCCAUUGAUUCGCCGCUGGCCAUCAUCGUCGAGAACGCCGAGGACGUCGCUGCCUUUGCCGAUUUCUCGCUGUCGGAGGCCAAGGUCGAGACCCGCGCCGAGGAGGCCGCUGGUGCCGCCCCGGCCGCUGCUGCUGCCCCCGCUGCUGCUCCCGCCGCUGCUGCCCCGGCUGCUGCCGCAUCCACAUCGACUGCUGCCUCGGGCGAGCGCAUCUUCGCCAGCCCUCUGGCCAAGACCCUGGCCAAGGAGAAGGGCAUCGAUCUUGCUCAGGUCAAGGGCUCCGGCCCGCGCGGCCGCAUUGUCAAGGCCGACAUUGAGAACUUCAAGGCGCCCGAGGUCGCCGCCCCGGCUGCCGCUGCUGCCGCCCCUGCCAAGGCUGCUGCUGCUGCUCCGGCCGCUGCUGCUCCGGCUGCCGCUGCCCCGGCCGCCGCUGGCUACACAGACAUUCCUCUGACCAACAUGCGCAAGGUCAUUGCCGCGCGCCUGGGCGAGUCCAAGGCGACGAUCCCGCACUACUACCUGCAGCAGUCGAUCACCAUGGACAACGUGAACAAGCUGCGCAAGUCGCUGAACACGGCGGCCAACGGCGCCUACAAGCUCUCGGUCAACGACUUUGUGAUCAAGGCGGCGGCGGCAGCGCUCCGCGAUGUGCCCGAGGUCAACAGCUCGUGGCAGGGAGAGUUCAUCCGCCAGCACCACCACGCCGACAUUGCCGUUGCCGCGGCCACCCCCGCCGGUCUGAUCACCCCGAUUGUCAAGGCCGUCGACGCCAAGGGCCUGAAGACCAUCUCGGCCGAUGUCAAGGACCUGGUGUCCCGCGCCCGCGCCAACAAGCUGAUGCCCGAGGAGUUCCAGGGCGGCAGCUUCACUAUCUCCAACCUGGGCAUGUACGGCAUCACCUCGUUCUCGGCCAUCAUUAACCCGCCCCACGCUGCCAUCCUCAGCGUCGGCUCCACCGAGCAGCGCCUGGUCCUGGAUGAGUCGUCCGAGAAGGGCUUCAAGACCGCCGAGGUCAUGUCCGUCCAGCUCUCGGCUGACCACCGGGUCGUCGACGGCGCCACCGGUGCCCUGUUCCUGAAGGCCUUCAAGGGAUACCUCGAGAACCCCCUGACUCUCAUUCUCUAA